GGGGGGCGGAGCGGGUGAAGGGGGCCUGGCUGGCUGGCGUCGAGGUCCUGGUGGCGGAGGCGGAGGACGAGGCGGCUGACUCGCUUCGGUGGUGAAGGACAAAAAUGAGUUAUGCAGAAAAACCCGAUGAAAUUACAAAAGAUGAGUGGAUGGAAAAACUCAAUAAUUUACACAUCCAAAGAGCUGACAUGAAUCGCUUAAUUAUGAACUAUCUUGUUACAGAAGGUUUUAAAGAGGCUGCUGAGAAGUUUCGAAUGGAAUCUGGAAUUGAACCUAGUGUUGAUCUAGAGACCCUGGAUGAAAGAAUAAAAAUUCGGGAGAUGAUCCUCAAAGGUCAGAUUCAGGAAGCCAUUGCACUGAUCAAUAGCCUUCAUCCAGAGUUAUUAGACACAAACCGGUACCUUUACUUCCAUUUGCAGCAGCAACAUUUAAUUGAACUGAUUCGGCAGCGGGAAACUGAAGCUGCUCUGGAGUUUGCGCAGACUCAGUUAGCAGAACAAGGAGAAGAGAGUCGGGAGUGUCUGACGGAGAUGGAGCGCACCCUGGCUCUCCUUGCUUUUGAUAAUCCAGAGGAAUCCCCUUUUGGAGAUCUGCUCAACAUGAUGCAGCGACAGAAAGUGUGGAGCGAAGUAAACCAAGCUGUGUUAGAUUAUGAAAAUCGUGAGUCAACCCCCAAACUGGCUAAAUUAUUGAAGCUACUACUGUGGGCUCAAAAUGAGCUGGACCAGAAGAAAGUAAAAUAUCCCAAAAUGACAGAUCUCAGCAAGGGGACAAUUGAGGAACCCAAGUAAAAUGUGCAGAUGGACACUAAAUCUCACACCUGCACAGUGAUUAUACAUUUUUAAUCAGUCUGUGACUGAAAUAUUUUUACUACAGUUCAGGACUUUUGCAAUUUGGUUGUGUGUGUUUUGUUUUGUUUCUUUCCUUGGCAAGCAUACGUAAAGGGAAGGGUGCCCUUUUCAAAUGCAGAAAAUAAGCAUUGGAAAAGCAUUACAUCACUUUGUCCAUCUGACUUAGGCUGUGCACUGUCGUCCUUUUUUUUUAGCCAAAUACCAAGGUUCUUUUUUAAAUACUGGGCUGAAGGUUUGCAACGUCUGGCCACUGAAGCCUAUUUUGGUAGCCAACGAAUUGAUGUUAAAGCUCUUGGCAACUCUCCAGUUAAACUUCACCUGUUUUUCACUUGAAACAUGGACUUAUUUCUGUGUUAAUUUAUAGCCAAAUAUGCAUUCCCUAUUUAUAAGCUAGCAAUUGGUUAAAAGUGAUCAUUUUGUAAGCCUCCCGCCAGUGUUGUUUACUGCAUAGACUAUAGUAUAGAAAGCUUGUAAGCUGUAAUUGAAGAUAACUGCCCUUGCUUUUCACACCUUGGUGACUUAUUUAUAUGGGGCUGAAUGUUAUGUUCAUGAUGGGCCUAGUUCUCUCAGAAGCGUUGCUAAAAAUAAAAGCAUUUUCUUUUGUAGUUUUCAAGAAUGACCAAAAUAGCCUCUGACGAAAGACAUAAUCACAUUUAUAGGUAGGCGUUCUUUCCGCAGAGUUUCUUUGUGGUUCUAUUUCUUAAUGCCAGUUGCAGUCCUUAUACUGCUUGGGGUGACAAUUGCAGCCUUAAAGCCUGUAAUAUAUUUAAUACGGAGGAUAUGGAAAUGGAAAUAAUGUUAGCCAUUCUCAGUAAGAAGAAAUAGCUUAAUGUAAAUCCAGUGGAACAGUAUAAAUAUUUGGGGGCCGUAAUUUUUAAAUGAUGGAAUUAUUUUAACAGUUUCUUUCUUAGCUUGGGUAAUUAGUACUUUGAUUUUACAACUCUCCUCCCUGGAGCUCCCCUCUUUAUGGCUGGAGUCAUGUUAUCAUGGUUAGGAUUUAUUUCUGCCCUUGUUAAAGCCCCUGUAAUUCCAUGAGUUAUUUCUUGCUCGGUUGCGUUGCAGUUUCCUUUAUGGGUGGUUAAUGGCAAUGCAAGGCUGGUUUAAAAACAUUGUUCCCCUCUUAGGCUGGUAGUAAUAAAUGCUAAUCUGGCCAGUUUUAAGAUUACCAUCUUGCAACUAACUCAGUUAUCUCCAAGGUUGCUGAAGCCUGAAGUAUCUCCAGCUGCCAAGCUGUUACUACUAAUCUUAUUGCCAGCUAGGAUAAACCUGCCUCUCUGUGCUCAUUUUACACAUUUUUCUGCUGAAAGAAGGGGGGAAAAUGAGAGUAGUCCACUUAGGUGUAGUCUAGUAGUACCAGUGCUCUUGGUGAGUAAAUGAGCAAGCUAUAGAACACAAAGGUUUGGUUUUCAGCAAGGUUUUGCUAUGGUCAUUGCUUGGUGUAAUAGAUUACUAGAAUCUUCUCUAUAUUACUCAUAGCAACAAUUGAGAGCAAUACAACAGAGGGAGGUGUAUCUGUAUGCAGCUGCAUUCUGGGUAAGGCCCACGGGUAGACUAGUGUGAACAGUAGUUCGAAGAUAAGAUGGCACUUGUAUUUUGCACUGAUGCUUGUAUUGCCUAUUGGAGAGACCGAAAACUACUUAACAUUUUGGGAUUUUAGUGUCCUGGGUUAUUUUAUAUUCUUUGGGAAUGUUUCCUCACAACUCAACUUGGCCUGAUAAGUUCUUUUCAUUACGCACAUCUAUUUUGAAAGUCAAAAUGUCUAGGCUUUCUUCAGAUAACGACCAAUUUAUCUUCCCUCUUCUGGAAAUAUAGAAAGUAUAAAGCAGGGGUUUCCAAACUUGGCCAUUUUUAAGACUUACUGACUUCCAACUCCCAGAAUUCCCCAGUCAGAAUGGUUGGCUGAGGAAUUAUGGGAGUUGAAGUCUACAAGUCUUAAAGUGGCCCAGUUUGGAGACCCUUGGUUGAAAACAUCAGCUUUCAGUGUAAUCCUGACCAACAGCUGGUUUCUCUACCAGAUAUCCUAUGUUGCAGCCAUGUUUAAGAGGUCUUUAUGUUCAAGCAUUCUGUUGAAGCCAUGGUUGCAUAAUAACUGGAAUAUAGAGUGUUUUAAGAGCCAAAUAUGCGAUAUAACUAUGACAAGUUUACUUAAUUUGAUUUUUGUUAAAACAUCUCACACUGAAGCAGCUUUAAUCUGUAAAGGUUUCUUGGGUUUAGAGAAAAAUAUUUAAAAUGGUAUGAAAGAAAGCUAUGCAUUUUACAGAGCGUGGAAAGGUGUAGUCCCCGUGGUACUUUUAGGGAUCUUUAUAUUCACAUGUAUAUAAAAUAGUUUGCAUAUACAAAUUAUAAUAUAAUCAAUUUGAAUUAUUCUCAGAUGAGGAGGGUGUAAAAUAUAACUUAUGAAAAUAUUAUUCACAAAAAUAAAACCCCACAGCCCUCACUACAUAAAUGAUUUUUUUGUCAUACACAUGAGAAAUGUCUUACUUAGUGGCUGUGAAAAAUGGUUGCAAUUUAUCUCCAUAAUGUUAGAUCACCACUCUUUAACUGCUUAGCAUUAAAUACAACUUUGAUCAA